AUGGAGCCCUCUAGUGUGGCUCCUAGCAUGGAGCCCUCUAGUGUGGCUCCUAGCAUGCAGCCCUCUAGUGUGACUCCUAGCAUGGAGCCCUCUUGUGUGGCUCCUAGCAUGAAGCCCUCUAGUGUGACUCCUAGCAUGGAGCCCUCUAGAAUGGCUCCUAGCAUGCAGCCCUCUAGUGUGACUCCUAGCAUGCAGCCCUCUAGUGUGGCUCCUAGCAUGAAGCCCUCUAGUGUGACUCCUAGCAUGGAGUCCUCUAGAAUGGCUCCUAGCAUGAAGUCCUCUAGAGUGGCUCCUAGCACGAAUCCCACUUUACUAGCUAAUAUCCGACCCUCUGUGUCCCUAUCAGCCUACAUGUCAACCACCACCACCAUAUAG